AUGUUCUCGCAGGCAGAGAUCAACCUCAUGGAGAAGCAGCUGCUUUUCCUUCUCGACUACAACCUGUCGAUCACCGAGGAGGAGGUCGUUGCCUACGCUCAGCCCUUCCUGGAGCAGUACAGCUUCGACACCCCUCCCCUCUCUCCCGCAGCCGCGUCGCCUGCCUCGUCCACCCAGACCCUCCCGGUCACUCCCCGUCUUCCGUCUGGCGCUGUCGUCCUCCCUUCGUGCGCUGGCUCCUCCAAGGCCGGUCACGUCUCGAUCACACCAGCACUGGACCGCAGCGUCUCCACCUCGUCGCUUGGCUCUGAAGGCCCCCUCACUCCUCGCUCAUCAUCGUCGUCACCAUCACACGACAUGGACGACGAUGACGAGGAGAUCCUGGUUCCCGAGCACGCCCUUGCCCACGCCCACGACGCUGUGUUUGCUGGCACUCGCCGAGAGCACAUGGUCGACAACACCUUGUCACCACCCGAAUCCGCCAUGCCGGCCAAAGACCGUCCAGCAGACGCCCGAGAGUCCCUCGUUCGUCGUCUCUUUGGCCGUCGCCGCGACGACUUUCUCCACAUGUAA